GCAUGAAGGCAUUAUUUCGUUUCAAACUGUUCUUCAAAUUGGUUGUGUAAUUUUGGAGUUCGAUCUAACAAAAGUUUGUUAAACGCUCCGAAAAAUAACUUCAAAUAAUUGCUAUUCUAUCGUGUUAAAUAUAAGGUGAAUGACUUCUUGAGAUCGUUUUUACUCGGUAGAUGUUUCCCACAUAUCAAUAGGUAGAGUGCCGACCAAAUUGCGAGGUAAACAGUAAAACGGAACUAAAUAACUAACUUCAAGUUCACCGCUACUAUUGCAAUGACGAUCGAGUAAUAGAGGGCGGGUUAAAGGGCAAACAAUAUCGCAUUUCGUAGUAAACGCACUUAACUGUUUCAUUGAUAUCGCCAUUCACACCAUAAUCAACAACAGCGUGACAAGUGUAAAGUUCACUCAGUUGAAGGAUUGCUUUGCUCAUGUCUUUGUCAUCAUCACAUCGUUCACCACCAGCUUUAGCAAAGUAUUGAGUAGAUUGAGUUUCAUAUUAGCAGUGAAGUUGCUAAGCUCAGUGCAAUCUUGUUCUCAAUGGGCUUUCAAAAGAUUUUGAUAAGACGCAUAGCAGAUAAUCUCACUUGUACUAUCAGUAAAAACAAAGUUCGCAAAAUUUACAACAACGAUUUUAGCAAGGUGAUAAAACCACGUACCCUGUGUUCAUCGGGCGACCCACAACGAGGAGAAGCAAACAACAUGGUCGACUUCAACACUGUCAAUCGACCCUCCCAGCAAUCCGAGCUUCUGAACAACAAGACAUAUUUUCCUGAUCAGCCCGGCAGUGGACCGCUAGCUAGCUAUCGUCAGCAAGCGACAAUUGAUUGGCGUAAAGUGAAACUAUCACUCAAUGACGAGGCGUCUCUUGAACUACAACAUAAAACAUGGAGUUUCAUACAGAACCAUCCACUAUUCGCUCGUCCCAACCAUACACCGUCGAUGGAUGAAAGUCGUCAUUUAGCUACGAAACGGAUGUACGUUAUCCAGAACGCUAAAAUUUUCGGUAUUGAAAACCUCCUUGAACGGCCCGAUUUCAUGGGCUUCUUCAACCACCUUCUGAUGGCAUACGAACCUAGUUUUGCGAUCAAAUUCUCCCUUGGUUUUGGUAUGUUUUCUUCGGUUAUUCAAGCUCUUGAUGUCGGUCGUUUAGCACAUCUUAUCGAGCAGAAUCAAAGGGGUGAAAUUUUGGGAGCUUUCGGAUUGACAGAAAUUUCACACGGGACCAAUGCUAAAGGAAUGCGUACUACGGCCACCUACGAUGUUAAGAAUAAGGAAUAUGUUUUGAAUACGCCGGAUUUUGAGGCUGCCAAAUGUUGGAUUGGGAAUUUAGGAAAAACUUGUACCCAUAUGAUAUGCUACGCACAGCUUUACACCGAAGAUGGAAAACACCAUGGACUGAAUGCAUUUGUUGUUCCUAUAAGAGAUCCUCAUACUUUGAAUGCCUUCCCAGGAGUGAUUGUAGGUGAUCUGGGCGAAAAGGCCGGUUUGCAUGGAGUAGACAACGGGUUUGUAAUGUUUAGGAAUUAUCGCAUUCCAAGGGAUUUUCUACUCGCUAAAACCGGAGAUGUUAACGAGGAGGGUGUUUUUGUUUCACCUUACAAGGAUGAGAGCAGACGCUUUGGAGCAUCUUUGGCAGCACUUUCAGGAGGACGAGUUGGGAUUUGUGGAAUUGCAAGCUUGUAUUUAAAUAAGGCAAUCUGUAUUGCCAUUCGCUAUUCUGCUAGUCGGAAGCAGUUCGGUCCAGAAGAUAGUUCGGAAGAGCUACCGGUUCUGGAAUACCAGUCCCAGCAAUAUCGCCUGUUUCUGCAUCUUGCAACAGCGUUUACCAUCAAAAUCUUCACGCUGUGGUUUUCGAAGGUGUAUGGCGAUGCGUUUCUCAAAAUGAUAAUGGGGGAUCGAACAAACGAGUUUAUUGGUAUGGAAAUACACGCUUUAUCAUCAGCCGCCAAGCCAGUAUGCACAUGGGCUGCGAGAGAUGGUAUUCAAGAGUGCAGAGAAGCCUGUGGUGGUCAUGGAUUCCUGAAGUUGUCAACGUUGGGAGAUCUUCGCAACGAUAACGACCCGAACUGUACAUACGAAGGGGAGAAUAACGUCCUCAUACAGCAAACUUCCAACUGGCUGCUGAAUGUAAGAUCUAAGGGCUAUGAGACAUUUGCUAAAGUUUCACCACUUGGAUCUGUAGAAUUUUUGAAAGAUUUUAUGCGCAUUCGAAAUUCUAAGGCAUCGUGGAAAAGCCCUAAAGAUGCCGUCGAUGUUAGAGAACAUUUGAAUGCAAUGAAUUGGUUAGUUGCACAUUUAUUGGAAGAAACCCACAAAAGGCUGCUGGUUUUAAAACAAAACGGUAAAUCGUCAUUCGAAGCUAGAAACGAAUCGCAGUCAUUCUACGCUAGAGUAUUAUCUCUAGCUUAUGGAGAGAGAGUGAUGCUGUUUGUCGCUGAUAAAUUUUUAAGGAACCUUGAGGAUGGACCUGAAAAGGUUGCUAUCGGUCGCCUAGUAUCAUUGUAUGGUGCUAACGUCAUAAUGAAACACAUUGGCAUUUUCUAUCAGGGAGGUUACUUCAGUAAUGUAACUAAUGCACUCGAUCUACUGCAACAGGGAUAUCUGGAUCUAUUGCCAGUGAUAAAGACUGAUGCGGUAUCGCUUGUUGAUGCUAUUGCACCACCAGACUUUGUGUUGAACUCACCCCUGGGUAUGAGCGAUGGGGAAGUUUACAAACACAUGGAAUCGGCUAUUCUCCAGGCACCGGAAACAUUGGAGCGGCCGAAAUGGUGGCAGGAUGCAGUGUACAGAGACUAUAUUAGUGCUAAACUGUAAUAGUUUUAAGCUAUUGAGAAAAUCAGAUAUCCCAUACAUUUAUUUGAACCAGUGGUCGUAAAAUUCAAAACUUUGGCUUCACACGAGUAAGCCCUUUUUCCUCCCAGAAGAGCGUUAAAUUUUGUGUACUGUAAGGUGUUAUGACUUUUGUUUUAAAAAUUUACAUCAUUCUAUUCGAAAUACACUGUAGAAUAAAGAGCCACUUAAACACAAUUUUCAACCAAAUAUUGGCGCUUCAAACUUUGUUCAAAGAAGCCAAUUUCGGCUGUAAAAAGUUAUUUAGCCUCAAGGCGAUAAAUAUCAACGGCAGUUUGCAAAUCACGGAAAAUAAACAAACAUUAAGAAGUUUCUGUUAUAUGACAUACUACAGAUUUUGAAAUGUAUUACAAUAAAAAUAAGGGUCAUCUGAUACUGAAUUUUCACUCCUCAAUUGUUUUUCACAAUAACGACAACCAAAUCGAAAGAGUUUAGCUUGUGAGUAACUUUUAAAAGAAAACAUAAUCAAUUCAUUGAAAUAAAGAAUAUGGUGGUGCUAAAAGAAAUGGCAGCUAUGAUUAUCAGCAAUAGUUGAAAUGUGUCUACAUCUAGUCAUUUAAAGUUUAAUCACAGACAAACAAAAAUCACUUUCUCAUUUUCGGCAUUGCUCACACGAAUUGUCAGUAUUCAGGACUUUCACGCAGAGCGCUAUGUGUUUAUUAACAGAAAAACCAAGGGCCGGCAAAAGGGAUUGCAACCCCCGGGGUAGUAAAAGAGCAAGGUUGAAAGGGGUGAAUGAUUAGCAUGGAGGGUGGGACCAAAAGUAAAUGGAAAAUCAGAAAAAAAAAUCACAUUUUAUACAGAAAAGAAACUUAAUCUGUUAUUUUUUUACAAAGCAAAAGUCUGUUCUAGUGCUAGUGGAUGUAUAAAAAACACGACGAUAACAAAAAAGGAAUAUUUCGAAUUUUUAGGUGUGGAAUUUAAUACAAGAAAUUUUUUCCAGGUGUUGAGUUUGCUAGAGCCCUAACAGUGUUUCUGCUGGCCUUGAUGUACCGUGUCUAUUAUAACAGAACUUUAAUUCCGGAUUGAAGUUAAAUGCUCAUCUUAGGAUGGAGAUAUAUGAUUAAGUAGAAUUAAAUAAUUUGUGUUAUGUCGGUGUGUCUGUUUGUCCAUAGUUACGUUAAGGUAUAUGGUAGACAAUAUGGGAUUACAAAUGAGAUUGGAAGAAAAUAUAUUGGUGAACUGUUUUAAUUAAUA